UCUUGUUUUCAAGUGGCGGCAAAAUGACUUUCUGAUGUCGGACAGUAGCGGUUGCUUGUUAAAUGUUGAUCGUUUUUGUUGUUGUUGUGGGAUUUAACAAUUUAAAUUUUGAUGUAAAUUGACCGCCAAUGACAUUCCAUCGUGAAACAAACGUCUCGUAAUUGUAUUUUCCGUCCAUCCGGCUUCACGAAAAAAUGAUUCCAGUUCAGAUCGGAAAUAUCAAUGUGGAAUUCCCAUUUCAACCAUAUCCAGUUCAAACAGCUUUUAUGGAAAAGGUGAUUGAAGCUCUGAGAAAGGGCAUACAUGCAGUUUUAGAAAGCCCAACAGGUACUGGGAAGACCGCCAGUUUGUUGUGCAGUACUUUAGCAUGGGUUAGAAAUGAAAACAUGAAAACAGCUUCUAUCUCAAAUAUGCCAUCGCAGCCUAAUUAUAUUGAUGACCCUGAAGAAGCAUUAGUGACAGUUUGGGGAGCCCAACCUUGUAGGAAAAGAGUUAUUUACUGCUCUCGAACACAUUCUCAGUUGCAAAAGGCAAUGCAGGAACUUCAAGCUACACCUUAUAAAAAUGUUAAGGCCACAAUUUUAGGAUCUCGGGAUCAGCUGUGCAUCCAUCCUGUUGUGUCAAAAGAAAGUUCUCUUUCUGUUAAGAAUGCUUUGUGUGCUAUGCACGUGAAGGCAAAAUCAUGCCACUACAACAACCAAGUGGAUGCAGCUAUUAAAGAUCCAGCUCUAAUAAAUGGCGUUGUUGAUAUAGAAGAUUUGAUUAAAUUUGGAAAGAAAAAAUCAUGUUGUCCAUAUUAUUUAGCUAGAGACCUUCAGGGAAACGCAGACAUCAUUUUUAUGCCAUACAAUUAUCUGUUGGAGCCUCAAAUAAGAAAUAAACUAAAUAUUAACCUAAAUAGCACUAUUGUCAUUCUUGAUGAAGGUCAUAAUGUAGAUAAAGUAUGUGAGGAAUCUUCAUCCAUAACAUUAACCAGUAGUGAUUUAGCUGUGGCUCUUGAAGAUUUAACAAAAGAAAUGAAUGACAUAUAUGAGGAGAGUUCAGGAAAUGAUAUCCCUAUUGAAAAAAAAUAUUCCAAUGAUGACUUGUGUAAUGUAAAACAGACUUUGCUGAAUUUGGAAGAGCAAUUUGAUUCUUUUCCUUUGAAACCUAUUGAAUCUCAGAAUACAUAUCCUGGUAGCUGCAUGUACACAUUAUUAUCAAAGGCACAGAUAAAUUAUGAAACAUCAAAUUAUUACAUUUCAUUACUUAAGUCCCUACAAGAAGUCCUUCAAUAUAAAGAGGCAAGUACCUCUAAUAGAGGAAACGCCUUGAGAAAAAUAGCUGAGACAUUGGAGUUGUUGUUUUCAGUGAAAGAACAUAAUAUUAAUUUAUAUUUUAAGACGUACAUUGAGCGAGAGAAACCCCAAGAGACAGAUCGACCUUCCUGGUCAACAAUUAAGGUCAAAAAUCCAAAUGCAAAGAAAAUUAAUUUUUGGUGUUUUCAUCCAGGUUUUGCUAUUAAAAACCUUCUUGCUCUUGGAGUAUACAGUCUAAUAAUAACAAGUGGGACACUUGCACCAGUAUCUGCUACAGUGCAAGAGCUUGGGUUGGAAAAUGCAAUUAUUUUAGAAUCACCUCAUGUCAUCGAUGAGAGUCAGGUCUCAGUUUCUGUGCUUACGAAAGGACCAAAUAAUUUUGAAUUACGCAGCUCCUAUGCUAACAGGGAUAAUCAAGAGUAUUGGACUUCAAUUGGUCUAACGCUACAAAACUUUUUGCGGAUUAUACCCGAUGGUGUCCUAGUUUUUUUCCCAUCAUAUUCAGCUCUAAAAAAAGCGGUUGAUAAUUGGAAAUCAUCCGGCCUAUGGGGAAGAUUGGUUCUUACAAAGCCUAUUUUUGUGGAGGAAGCUGGUAAAGGAACAUUUAAUUCUUUAAUGGAAGAAUUUAAAAGUUCAGUUAAUAAUGGAAAGGGUGCUGUUUUAAUUGGCGUAUGCCGUGGGAAACUGGCAGAAGGAAUGGACUUUAGUGAUAACUAUGGGCGUGCCGUUUUUAUUUUUGGACUCCCUUAUCCACCAGUGUAUGAUCCAAAAGUGACAUUAAAGAAACAAUAUCUGAGCUCCAAUAGAGCAAUCACAGAAUUGACAGGAGACAUGUGGUAUCAAUUAGAAGCUACCAGAGCUGUUAAUCAGGCUAUAGGACGGGUAAUCAGACAUAUUAACGAUUUCGGAGUUGUCGUAUUAUGCGAUAUUAAGUUCACUCGCCCAAACAUAAUUAAUAAUUUAUCAAAAUGGAUGGUGCCGUUAAUAUCCACAGCACAUACCUUCGGAGAUUCUAUAAGAAUCGUCAGACAAUUUUUUAAACAUAACGUUUCACGGAUGACGACAAUCCAAACUCAAAUACAACAGAAUAAUAUUCCCGGCUGCUCACAAAGCUUUGGCAAUUAUUUUUGUCAACACAAUUAUCCUGAUUUAAGCCGUUACAAGGAAGACCGUAGAUGCCAGCCAACUACAAGCCAAAUGUUUAAUGUUACUCCUUACACUAGCUAUACACAGAGCAGCAGUAACACUUCGUCAAAUCCAUUACCACUACAAGAAGUAAGUACAAUCUAAAUAGUAUUAACUGAUUGGGGCCAAGCCCUGUUCGGAUUAGCUGAAUAACUGCAAUAAUGCAGAAGUAAGAAGUAGAAAUUAACUGGUUUAUUCAAGAAUGUAUGGGUGU